UCAGCUGUGAUACUUCUAACCUCGAGUCAACAUGCGAACUCUUCAUCUAAGAAACAAAAACUAUCUAAAACUAUCAAAACAACUGUAUAAAUAUACAACAAAAUGCAUUUCUACAUGGAAACAGCCUUCCGGAUACGAAACACCAGUGAAAAUCUACAACUGUGUCGCAAAAACGCAAGUACCUUUUAUUGUCAGCAACAAACAUCUUGUCUCUUGGUAUACUUGUGGCCCCACAGUUUAUGAUGACGCUCACAUAGGCCAUGCAAGUUGUUACAUGCGCCUAGACAUUUUACAACGAAUUAUGAGAUAUCACUUUGGUUUAAACAUAGUGUCAACAAUGAAUAUCACAGAUAUUGAUGAUAAAAUCAUAGCUAGAAGUCAUGGUAAAAAAGUGCCUGUGAAUGAUAUAAGUAAAGAGUAUGAAAAGAGUUUUUGGGAAGAUAUGGAUGCUUUGAGAAUAUCUAGACCUGAUAAAGUGCUGAGAGUUACAGAAAAUAUGCAUUUAAUUGUUGAAUUUAUUAGUAAACUAUUAAAUGUUAAUUUAGCAUAUAAAGGACCAGAUGGAAGUGUUUAUUUUGAUGUCAAGCAAUAUGAAGCUAUAAACGAGAGUAAUAAGUAUGGGAAAAUGCAAAAUAUAGCCAGGGAUGAUCCAGAACAAAUUAAAACUGAUGGAAAAGUAAAAAACAAGAAAAAUGUUGAAGAUUUUGCUUUGUGGAAAGCUGCAAAACCUGGGGAACCUACCUGGGAGGCACAUUUUGGUCCAGGGCGACCCGGUUGGCAUAUUGAAUGUUCUUCUAUGGCUACUUCUUUUUAUGGUAAAACAAUUGAUAUCCACGCUGGCGGUAUAGAUCUCCGGUUUCCUCAUCAUGAAAACGAAGAAGCACAAUCAUGUGCUUAUCAUAAUUGUAAUCAGUGGGUAAAUUAUUGGUUACACGUCGGACAUUUGCAUUUACCUAACGCUGCCAAGAUGUCAAAGUCACUUAAAAACACCAUUUCAAUUCGUGAUUUACUCCAAAGCUGUGAUGCUACCACUUUUCGAAUGGCAUGUCUUUUAACAAACUACAAACACAACAUGGAAUUCUCACAAGAGCAUCUACAACUCGCUAAUAGUCAUGUGAAAUCAUUCAAAAACUUUAUUACUAAUGUUACAAGUCUAGUUAGAAAAGACGCAGUUGGCAUCACUGUUAAUUCCGAUGUUUUACUGACAGAAUUAACUAAAACUAUUGAAAUUGUUGAGUCUGCUUUAUGUAAAGAUUUUGAUACUCCCGGUGUGAUUAAAGCCGUGGAAAGUUUAAUUUCAACCAGUAACAAAGUUAUAAAUACGUCUGCAAGCACAAAUAAUAGCGAAAACAAACAUAAUUCAAUUGCUGCAUUACUUGCUGUUGUGAAUUAUGUUCAAAAUAUAACUGAAACUUUUGGGCUGGAUUUCCAAGAUGGUGAAAAAGUAAGUGAUGGAGCAUUUGUUGAAGUAAUGGAUUUGUUAGUUAACUUUAGACAUCAAUUGAGGACUGUAUCAUUGGUAAGAAAAGACAAAGAGGGUUUAGCUUUGUGUGAUGAUAUAAGAAACGAGUGUAAAAAGUUAGGAAUUACUUUGAAAGAUAACGCAAAGAUUUCAACUUGGAAUAAAUGAAAAUGUAUGACUUUUAUACAUAUAUUGUGUUUAUAAGUUUUAGAAACAUGUUUAUUUUAUCAUACAAACAUGUUAAAUAUUGUUUACACUGUUAUAUUUGUUUAAAAAUUUGAAUUUUGUACAAUCCACAUCUGUUUCUGA